AUGGCACCGGGACACGAUCUAGACAAGCUCCCGGGCAGUUUGCCAUCGCAAUUGGUCCCCGGAGACGUCAACGUCGACACAGUCCAGCAGGUAGCGCAACAAGCCCUCCAAAAUCUCGACGCCACGGCCCUGCUCGGCCCCGCGCCGCUGUGGAGAGACUGGCUCGCGCUGACGGGGCAGGUCCGCACGUUCUCCGGCUCAGAGAGGAUCGCCGAGGUGUGGAACACUCAGGUCAAGGCUCACCGUGUCGCCGAUAUCAAGACAGAGGCUGGACGGAUCACUAAUCCCGUCCCGACGAGCUCUUGGGUCGAUAUUCCAUUCACUUUCGUCGUGAAGCUCGAGGAUGAGGGUGGAGGUGGGCGACUUGUCGGGAACUGUACAGGGACGGCGUCGUUGGUCCCGGAUGAGGAUGGGAAGUGGAAGAUCUGGAUGUUGGUGACGAUUCUGGAUAACUUUGAGGGGCACGGGCACCCUGAUGUUCCGCGGGUGGUGGUCGACACUGAGACUACCAAUGAUGCCGUCAACGGUGUUGUUGUUGGUGAAAACGAGAAGAGCCAGACUGGCGGCCAAACUCAUUUCAACGUCGUGGUCAUCGGCGCAGGUCAAUGCGGUCUAUCCAUCGCGGGCAGACUCGGUGCCCUCGGAAUCGACUACGUCCUUCUCGAGAAGCGGCCUUCCGUGGGCAAGAACUGGACGCAACGCUACGAGUCGGUCAGACAGCACACGAUCCGCGAGUACAACAAUCUGCCCUUUGAGCGCACGUGGAAGCCCACCGACCCGUUGCUCCUACCUGGCAAGAUCGUGGCCGAGGGAUUUGAGAACUACAUCAAACGCUACGGAAUCAAUCUGUGGACCAGCGCCGACACGAACAAGGCAGUCUGGAACGCCGAGACGCAGACGUGGGCGCUGGACGUGACGGUCAACGGCGACGAAAGGCGGGAGCUGGUCUGUCGACACCUCGUUGUCGCCACCGGCGCGGGCGUCAGCGUCGACAACGACCCAAAGUUCCCCGGCACCGAGGAGUAUCAGGGCAUUCUCGUGCACUCGGGCGCGUACAAGCACAGUCGAGACUGGGUGGCCAAGGACGCCAUCAUUAUCGGGUCCGGCACGACGGCGCACGACAUCGCCGAGGACAUGUACCGGGCGGGUUUGCGCUCUGUGACGAUGAUCCAGCGCAGACCGACGGCUAUAUACCCGAUUGAAUGGAUCGUGAAGGGGCAACAGGCUCUCUACAACAAUACCAUCCCCACCGCCACCGCCGAUGCCCUCGUCGCCUCCCGCCCGAACAAGAUCCUCCGCGACAUUCUCAAGACGAUCCACGAGGCCGCGGCGCGCCGGGACCAAGCGCGCUUCGACGACCUCGAGCGCUCCGGCUUCCGUGUCGACCGCCACACGCCGCUGAUGGACAACAUCCUCCACCGCUACGGCGGGUACUACAUCGACAUUGGGGCCUCGUCGCACAUUGCCCGCGGGGACGUCCGGGUGAAAUCCGGCGUGCCCGUCACGACAUUCACUCCCCAGGGCGUGAGGUUUCAGGACGGGACCGAGAUGCGCGCCGACGUGGUCGUGGUCGCGACGGGGCAGGACCACGAUUACCGCAACCAGGUGGCCCAGAUUGUCGGGGAGGGUGUGGCGUCGAAGCUGGAUGAGUUUUGGGGACUCGACGAGGAGGGCGAGGUGAGGAAUGUCAUGAAGCCGGCAGCUCCCGGGCUGUGGAUGUUUGGAGGCACCGCCGCCCAGGCGCGCUGGUGGUCCCGCUUCGUCGCUCUGUCCAUCCAGUCCGACCUGCUAGGACAGCCUCUCGAGGGCGUGAAGAUGGGAUGA